AUGUCAUUGAGUUUAGCAGUUUCUUAAGAACAGCAAACAUGGUGACAUUGUACCUAUUCUCCCGGUCUCCUUGUCUGUAAGGAUAUGUCAGGACAAACGUCCAUUCCAUUUUUAUACACUCUAGCAAAGCAUAUAGAAACCUCUGAAAUUUACAUCUACGACAUCCUUGGAUUAUCCCAAUCAACCAACGAUUCACCUGUUCUCACACUCGCACUGUACUGGAUGGAGGAGCGACAAUACUUUUUGUUUUUUUUCUCUCUUAUUUUACACUAAUUUAUUCCUGUUGAUAUGUUCUGGUGAAGCAGGGCACAGUUUGAUACAGCUCAGCGCAAGAAUCUUUUAUGUCUAUCCCAUCCAGCCACUGAAUCGAGUGGGGUCUGAAACAUGCUAGGUUUCUGAAGAUGAAUACAAACAGAGACAGUUCGAAAUGAUUUUUGUUUUGGACUUCACAUUCAAAACAAAUUUGCUACUGUUCUGGAAUGGAAUCCCUUGUCUUGGGUACCAAUCCAUGAUGAGUUGCUUGUGAAAAGCUCGAGUACUUGCAGGCAAUAAGAAGGGUAAGUAAAAAACAUGUGAAGGAAUUGAACCGAUUCGCCAUGGACAAUGAAAAAAAGUGUGUGACCCACUUCAAAAUUUUCCUUGUCGCGGAUGGCUUUCGACUUUUUCAGAUAUCAAAGCUUUCUGUGUCAUCGAUCUGACACCACUCAUGUUUUCCUCUGCACACAGCACAAUAAUGAAGGGAUGUUGGAUUCUGGGGUUCGUUUAGUUAACAAAUUUCGGUAAAUUCAGCCCACGAUCCAAAUUAUUGCAGAAUUCGGAGAUUAAGUGUUAGUAGUAGUUGUGCCAGGUGUGGUAUUGGUUGGGUGAUUACCAAAGUUCCUGGAAAUAUAUGUUGUAGAGUCAGAAAAAUCCAUUCAAACCAUGUCGGUGAGCUCGUGCAGUGUCUGCUCAACAGUAACCCUACAGAAAAUUGCUAUAUAUACUAAAUUGGUAAUAAAAAGGGUCAAGUCGUAGUCCAUUCGUAUCUAAAUUUGUCAAAUUUUAACGGAAUUUGGGGCUACGAGUAGUCUAAGCAAAUGAAGCCACAAAGUUUACUUCUCCAAUAAUUGACUACAUGUAUGACUAGAUAGCUUUUUCGAAAGGGUUGAGUAGCAGAGAUAUGACAGGGGAUUAUCCGUAAUUAGAAAGAGGAAGUUAGGAUUCAGAAUGUGGGAGUCAGAGUUCGAAACCCAGGAAGGGAAGGGAUUCAGUAAUUGUGUUGUGAAUCCUCUGAAGCAAGGGAUGAAGGCUGAGGCGUUUGAGCGAAGAGGUCGAUCCUGGUACGUCGCAACAGAUUAUCCAAGUGACCUAGUACUGGAGAUCCAAGAUGUGAGCUUUCAUCUACACAAGAUUCCUCUGCUUUCGAGGAGUGGAAAACUGAACAGAGUAAUGCACGACCACCGUGGCGACACCGAGAAAGAUUACAUAAAACUGGACGAAAUCCCUGGAGGCGCAGAAUCGUUCGAACUAGCCGCCAAGUUCUGUUACGGUGUAGCAGUCGAUUUAAACGCCUCCAACAUAUCGGGGUUAAGAUGUGCGGCCGAGUAUCUGGAAAUGACGGAAGAUCUGGACGAAGGAAAUCUCAUAUUCAAAACGGAGGCAUUUCUGAGCUACGUUGUUCUGUCAUCCUGGAGAGACUCCAUCAUCGUUUUGAAAAGCUGCGAGGAGCUUUCUCCAUGGGCGGAAAAUCUACAAAUCGUAAGGCGAUGCAGCGAGUCCAUUGCCUGGAAGGCCUGCUCAAAUACCAGAGGUGUAAAAUCGUGGUCAUACAAGUCCCAAAGCAGGAGCCCUAGUGUGAGUCCCCAUCGCUGGAGCGACAUGAAAGAUUCAAGCCCAAGCCGCCAGCCCUCUCUGCCUCCUAACUGGUGGUUCGAAGAUGUUUCAAUUCUUCGAAUCGAUCAUUUCGUGAGGGUUUUAACUGCCAUAAAAGUGAAAGGCAUGAGGUUCGAUCUCAUCGGGGCCUCCAUUGUGCAUUACGCUUCCAAAUGGCUGCCUGCCAUCUCCAAAGACCAAGCAAGCUCAACAGAAGAUGUGAACUUUGCAGGCGGCCUUCAUUUAGUUGUGGCCAGCGGGAAAGAGGAUGUUCCAAAGGCACAGAUGAGAGAACAGAGACUGAUUGUUGAGAGCUUAAUAAGCAUCAUUCCUCCGCAGAAAGACACGGUUUCUUGCAGCUUUCUUCUCCAUUUGUUAAAACUGGCGAACAUGCUGGAUGUGGCGCCAGCGCUGGUGACAGAACUGGAGAAACGCAUUGGGAUGCAGUUGGAUCAAGCGACGCUCAAGGACCUGCUUAUUCCUUCCUACAGCAAAACUGAGACGAUCUACGAUGUGGAUGUGAUGUGCAGACUGCUGGAACAUUUUCUGGUUCAAGAACAGAGCAAUGAACCGCCGAGCCCUAGCAGAUCAACUGGAGGGGACAAACUUGGAGGCACUCUUCUUAAUGCCAAAAUGAGAGUGGCAAGGCUUGUGGACAGUUACCUCACUGAGGUGUCCCGAGACAGAAAUCUUUCACUCACAAAAUUUCAGGUUCUAGCGGAAGCUUUACCAGAGAGUGCCAGAACCUCUGACGAUGGCCUCUACAGAGCCAUUGAUUCUUAUCUCAAGGCCCAUCCUACCCUCUCAGAGCACGAAAGGAAGAGGCUGUGUAGAGUCAUGGAUUGCCAAAAAUUGUCCCUGGAUGCCUGCAUGCACGCCGCUCAGAACGAGCGUCUGCCAUUAAGGAUUGUGGUUCAGGUCCUCUUCUCCGAACAGAUCAAGAUAACAAAUGCAAUUGCAAGUAACGGCGUUUCCAUGGCAAAGGACACUCAGAAUUUCUACAGCCAGCCAAACAGAGGCAGCGUUCUCGAAAAUCUGCCACAGUCGUUUCAGGAAGGUUGGUCCACAGCAAAGAAAGAUAUAAAUACUGUCAAAUUUGAAAUGGAAAACAUCCGAUCUAAGUUCACACAGCUCCAGAUGGAGUUUGAUAACCUAAACAAUCAGUUCGAGAAGCUUUCCAAACAGAAAAAUGUCUCAGCUUGGUCUACGGGCUGGAAAAAACUGAGUAAACUCAAGCAGACCUCCAUCUUCCAGACCAAAACCGCCAUUCACGAUACGGGGCCUCAAAUGGAUUCUACUCCUCAUGUUCGUGCUGAAAAGCAGAGACGCUGGAGGAAUUCCAUCUCCUGAAAUCAAACUUCAUUAAUCUUCCACCUUAUCUUCUCAAAUUCCAGACAUGAGUUAUUGUUUUCUACCGUCUUUUUCUUUGGAGUUGAUAAGCUGUAAUAAAAGUUUUUAUCGGUAUAAUUAAACUCUGACAGCUUGGAACCAGAAUUAGCAGAUGAUGUGCAGCAAAUCCCAUACUCUCAUAUUAUUUUGAACCAGUCUAUUAAAAUUAAGUCUAUUAGUGAAAUUGAAUGAUUUUGAAGUGGGAUGUCUUAU